GCGAGACUCAUCCCUGCAGCAGAGAGCUCUAUUUCCAUCUCCUGCAGCACAGCCACCUCCUUCUCCUGUGACCUGCCAGCCAUGAAGUUUCUUUUCCUGUUUCUUGCCAUCCUUCUGGCCAUGGAACCAGUGGUAUCAGCAGACUGUUGGAUGAAUGGACAAUGCCGGUUGGUGUGCAAAAAUGAUGAAGACAGCGUCACACGCUGCUCAAAUCGUAAGCGAUGUUGUGUCCCUAGUCGUUAUUUGACAAUCCAACCAGUAACAAUUGAUGGAGAACUCCCCUGGACCACUCCUCAUGUGACCAAACAUGGGGCCAGACAAUAGAGGAAGAUAAAUGGAAAUCAUGGAUAGAAAUGACUUUGCUUCAGGUUCCUUAGUUCCCACAUUCCAUUAAA